AUGGCGAAGUUUAAUUCGUCGGAAUCGGUGAAAAUUGACAGUCGAUUGGUACGGAUGUGCAUCGAAGCCGCGAAUGAGAGCCGCGACGCCAUCGAGGCCUGGCGGAGACAGCGCCGCACUCUGGAGCGCUUGCCUUCACAGCUUGCUGACGUUCUCUUCCACCGCCUCCUCCGCCGUCGCCUCCUCUUCCCUUCUCUGCUCGAAGUCUUUAAACAUUGUGUGGAAGAAGUAAACUUGAAAGGCGAGAAUAGUGUGGAUGCAAAAUGGAUGGCCUAUUUAGGUGGCUUCCACUACUUGCGCACUCUGAAUAUGUCAGAUUGCCGAAAAAUGAGUAGUUCCUCUCUAUGGCCUAUUACAGAUUACAUUAUUCUGUAUCUCUGUGGUGAUAAUAUACUCAUCUCAAGUGUCAAUGCCAUGCUUGUUGGUGCACAAUGUGUGUUUAUGCAUUCAUUCACUAUUCCACCAAAAUUAGAGAAGGAAGACUUACCUGCUAUUAUAGCUGAAAAUGACACUCCAUUCUUCAGUUGCAGUCUCGAUGGAGCUUCUACUUUGUCGUUCUAUUGCAGCCUCAAAGAGGUCAUAUUGCUCUCCAAUAUGACAAACUGA